ACAGUCCCUGCCAUCUCCACCGCCCCCGGGAGCAGCCUCGGCCCGCCGUGCGCGCUUCCCCCGCGCCCCCGCCCGCCGACUGCUCGCUCGCACGCCCGCCCGGUAGUAAUUUCACUUUGCCACGCGAGCUCCGCAUCGCCUAGAAAUCCCGCCCCCCGCUCCCCCUGCAGCCGCCGGGAGUCGUCCCUUUUCCCGGCCAGGUGCGCGAGCCUGCGCGCUCCUCCUCCGCCUCCUUCGGCGGGUCCCUGGCGAGCCGGAGCCGGGGCCGGGGCCCGGCGGGGGCGGAUGCGCGCACCGAGCCUCUCCACCAACCCGCUCCGCUGCAGGUCCCUUGCUCUCCAUCCCUCGCCGGCGCUCCCUUGCCCCCCCACCCCCCUUGAUUGACAGGCAAGAUGUCGGAGUGGAGCGAGGCAGGAGCGAAUGCAGCAGCCGUCACCCCCGGAGCCCGGCGGCGGCAGCAGCAGCAGCGCGACGACGAGCCAGCAACCAGCCGCAGUCGCCGCCGCAGCCGCGGGAGCAAUGCAGACAGCAUCUUGAGAACGCGCUAAAGCACCACAAACGGUGGACAAUGCCGUGUCACUGCAACUGGGAGGGGGGCAAACCAGAUUUUUUUUGACAUAAAAGCCAGCCAGCCAAAAAUAUAUAAUUUUGUCCUUCACGGAGCCGGUGUGUAAAGAGUGAGCGCUGUUUUCCUUCUCUCCCUCCUCCUCUCCCUCCCCCUCCUCCUCUUUUUCCUCCUCCUCCUCCCUAAGUGUACAGACAGCAUCACAUCACCUGGUUUGCUUCUGAGAAACAGCAUCUCUCCUUUUCAGGGACCAGAGACUCAGAGAGAGGAGACGUUCUAAUGAAGUCUGCUUGAUACCCCAAAAUAAAAUAAUAAAUUGUGGCUCUUGUCCCCUCCUCCCACCCCCACCCCCUCAACCCUGUGUGAGAUGUUGGGUUUCUUCUUCAUGAGACAUUGUUGAGAAGUCGCAGUGGUUGGAGAGGCGUAGGGGGCAGACUACCUCUGCUCCCCCCACACCCCCCUUUUUUCUCUCCGGGAGGAGGAGGAGGGGAAGGGGGCUUGCAGAGCAAGCGAUGGAUGAGGAAAACAUGACGAAAAGCGAGGAGCAGCAGCCUCUGAGUUUGCAAAAAGCCUUACAGCAGUGCGAGUUGGUCCAAAACAUGAUAGACCUGAGCAUCUCCAACCUGGAAGGGCUUAGGACCAAAUGUGCUACUUCCAACGACCUCACACAAAAAGAAAUCCGGACCCUGGAGAGCAAGCUGGUGAAGUACUUCAGCCGGCAGCUGUCCUGCAAAAAGAAGGUAGCCCUGCAGGAACGCAAUGCCGAGCUGGACGGCUUCCCCCAGCUCCGGCACUGGUUCCGGAUCGUCGACGUGCGGAAGGAAGUCCUGGAGGAGAUCACCCCGGGCCAGCUGAGUCUGGAGGACCUCUUGGAGAUGACGGACGAGCAGGUGUGUGAGACCGUGGAGAAAUACGGGGCCAACCGGGAGGAGUGUGCCCGCCUCAAUGCCUCCCUCUCCUGCCUACGGAACGUCCACAUGUCAGGAGGCAACCUUUCCAAACAAGACUGGACCAUCCAGUGGCCCACCACGGAGACGGGGAAGGAGAACAACCCCGUGUGCCCCCCGGAGCCGACCCCGUGGAUCCGCACCCACCUCUCCCAGAGCCCCAGGGUCCAGUCCAAGUGCGUCCAGCACUACUGUCACGCCAGCCCCAGCCCGGGGCCCCCCGUGUACACCCACGUGGACAGGCUCACUGUGGACGCCUACCCGGGCCUGUGCCCGCCCCUGCCACUGGAGUCGGGCCACCGGUCCCUGCCUCCGUCGCCCCGGCAGCGGCACACGGUCCGCACCCCGCCGCGCACCCCCAACAUCGUCACCACCGUGACCCCGCCCGGCACGCCACCCAUGAGGAGGAAGAACAAGCUGAAGCCCCCGGGGACCCCGCCGCCCUCCUCCCGGAAGCUGAUCCACCUGAUCCCGGGUUUCACGGCCCUGCAUCGGAGCAAGUCUCACGAGUUCCAGCUGGGUCACCGCGUAGACGAGGCCCACACGCCCAAAGCCAAGAAGAAAAGCAAGCCGUUGAACCUCAAGAUCCACAGCAGCGUGGGCAGCUGUGAGAACAUCCCCUCCCAGCAGCGCUCCCCGCUGCUGUCCGAGCGCUCGCUCCGCUCCUUCUUCGUGGGACACGCGCCCUUCCUGCCCUCCACCCCUCCCGUCCACUCCGAGGCCAACUUCUCCUCAAACACACUGUCAGUGCCACGCUGGUCCCCACAGAUCCCUCGCAGAGACCUCGGCAACUCCAUCAAGCACAGGUUUUCCACGAAGUACUGGAUGUCUCAGACAUGCACAGUCUGUGGGAAGGGGAUGCUUUUUGGCCUCAAGUGUAAAAACUGCAAGUUAAAGUGCCACAACAAAUGCACCAAAGAAGCCCCACCCUGUCAUCUCCUGAUCAUCCAGCGAGGAGAUCCAGCAAGGUUAGUCCGGACAGAGUCCGUUCCGUGUGACAUCAACAACCCUCUACGAAAGCCACCCCGGUAUUCGGACCUGCACAUCAGCCAGACGCUCCCUAAAACCAACAAAAUCAACAAGGACCAUAUCCCUGUUCCUUACCAGCCAGACUCUAGCAGCAAUCCCUCGUCCACAACGUCCUCCACGCCCUCCUCGCCAGCGCCCCCGCUCCCUCCCAGUGCCACGCCGCCUUCUCCCCUACACCCUUCUCCGCAGUGCACAAGGCAGCAGAAGAACCUCAACCUGCCAGCGUCCCACUACUACAAAUACAGGCAGCAGUUCAUUUUCCCAGAUGUGGUGCCGGUGCCAGAGACGCCGACCCGGGCGCCCCAGGUCAUCCUGCAUCCGGUGACCUCGAAUCCAAUCUUGGAAGGAAAUCCAUUACUUCAAAUUGAAGUGGAGCCAACCUCAGAGAACGAGGAGGGUCACGACGAGGCCGAGGAGUCGGAGGAUGACUUUGAGGAGAUGAACCUGUCCCUGCUCUCGGCCCGGAGCUUCCCGCGCAAGGCCAGCCAGACCAGCAUCUUCCUUCAGGAGUGGGACAUCCCCUUUGAGCAGCUGGAGAUCGGCGAGCUCAUCGGGAAGGGCCGCUUCGGGCAGGUGUACCACGGCCGCUGGCACGGGGAGGUGGCCAUCCGGCUGAUCGACACUGAGAGGGAUAAUGAAGACCAGCUCAAGGCCUUCAAGCGGGAGGUGAUGGCCUACAGGCAGACACGGCACGAGAACGUGGUGCUCUUCAUGGGCGCCUGCAUGAGCCCGCCCCGCCUGGCCAUCAUCACCAGCCUCUGUAAGGGCCGGACACUCUAUUCUGUGGUCAGGGAUGCCAAGAUCGUCUUGGAUGUCAACAAAACGAGGCAGAUUGCCCAAGAAAUUGUGAAGGGCAUGGGCUACCUCCACGCCAAGGGAAUCCUGCACAAGGACCUCAAGUCCAAGAACGUCUUCUACGACAACGGCAAAGUGGUGAUCACAGACUUUGGGCUCUUCAGCAUUUCCGGGGUGCUGCAGGCUGGCAGGCGUGAUGACAAGCUGCGUAUCCAGAGCGGCUGGCUGUGCCACUUGGCCCCGGAGAUCAUCCGCCAGCUGUCUCCCGACACAGAGGAAGACAAGCUCCCCUUCUCCAAACACUCGGACGUCUUUGCGCUUGGGACAAUCUGGUAUGAACUCCAUGCCAGAGAGUGGCCUUUCAAGACCCAACCAGCAGAGGCAAUAAUCUGGCAAAUGGGCACAGGCAUGAAACCCAACCUCAGCCAGAUUGGCAUGGGAAAAGAAAUCUCGGACAUUCUUCUCUUCUGCUGGGCCUUUGAACAAGAAGAGAGACCUACCUUUACCAAGCUUAUGGACAUGCUGGAGAGACUGCCAAAGCGAAACCGCCGCCUGUCUCACCCUGGACAUUUCUGGAAGUCUGCAGAGCUGUGACCACUGGACAAAGGGACAGCGCUCAGCUGCCUCAGCUCCCAAGCCACCUCUCCUCCCCUGCUCUGCCCUCUGCCAGCUCAGGAGGCCAGAGGCUCACCAUCAGAGGGUACCGACCCCGGCCGGCCUGGGAGCGCUGCACGACUGAGCCCGGCAGCUUCCCCGCACCCCAGACCCACGCCUUCGCUCGGGCAGGGGUAGGGACCCCGAGCCAGGACUUCAUGGGACCAGCCAGGGAGAUGCGGAGUUGAUCAGUGAGGCCCAGGGAACAGUGUAGACGAGAGAACUUUGGGCUGCAUGUGGAGCCCCUGGGCCGUGGAGGCUAGGGCAGGGGUCCCACGCGGGCAGGCUCACAGGACCGGUCUGUGUGUGCGUGUGUGUCUACGUGCGCGACACCGUCCGCUCUCGAUUGCCCUUCGUGACGGGAGUCAGGCUGCCCCAGGUCCAGGGCUGAGCGCCCAUCAGCUGUUUCGGUGUCUGUGUGGUGGGUUCCAGCUGUGCUCUCUGGAAAGACGGGACGGGAAUGCAGAGCUGAGCGCGCGCUUAGUGGAGGCUACGGGGCCGAGAUCUGGGCGGGAAGCUCAGCUGUUCCUGUGCAAACAUCUGUUCUCGGAGGCCCCCCCACCCCAAGCCUGUCAAGGUUUGGGCACCUCUGCGUAUCGCUCCGAAGUGCAUGUCUUCUGCGCUCUGGGUCUCUCUGGGCUACGCUUCCCCGUUUCCGCUGCCCUCUCCGUUCUGUGACAGCCUCGUCCCCUUUCUUGCUCGCUGCCCCCCACUUCCAUUUGGAAAGCACAGUGGCUCCCUGGCCAAGAUGACUUCAGGGGGCUCCUUCCAGCUCACCUUCAUCCAUGACGGCCCCCUGAAGUCUGAGCCUUGGGAACUGGGGUUCUGGGAGGGGGAGGUUCUAGGACAUUCUUUUUCCCUCCCUCUGCCCUGGCACUUACACCAGCAAGUUUAUCCACCACCAUGAUGGAGAUGGGUCGUUGGGUUCGGUGUGUGUGUUGGGUUACAGGGCGUGUGCACGGCAUCUUGUUUGCAAAUGACCCCUCCCGCGCUCCUGCUGCUUCACCCUUAAAAAGUCCAGCUGGGGAGGCGAGGAGGGCAGCUCUUUGUCGGGGUUCUGCAUUUUCAGCUCCAGCUGGUGCUGAACCGCAGAGCGGCUCCCCGUUUGACGCCUCUGCACACUCAGCGCCCCUGCCUUCCAUCCCUCACCUUCACUCCCCACCUGGCCCAGCUGCUCUUGCUGUAACCACACCAGGGUCCAGUGUUCUGCGCGGAGGUCGCUGGGAGCAGGUCAGGUGCAGAAUGACGGGGAGGGCCUCCGUCUUACGUUCCUUACCUGACAAGGGAAUGUCUUACGUUCCCCAAACCCUGGACCCCAUUCACCUGACCAGGCAUCCGAGGGAAAUCUGCCCCCCAGCAGGGCGCUAGCAGGACAGCUGGGCAUUAGGCAGGAGGCCCAGGCUCUGCCCACAGUCCCGCCGUACUUCUUGGGCACUGCCCAGCCUUGCUUCUGGUCGCCACCUUAUCUAGAUGUCUCCCUCAAAGAGAGGGGACCUCCGACUUCAAAAACCCACCUGGGCUCAGACUCAACGUCCAACCAGGGAUAUGGGGAUCUUCCCCACUUUGGUUCACGCUCUGGGGGGCCAAGCCUGCUUCCAAACUGGGAAAAAUGAUGAGACCGGUCAUGCUUCCCGAGACCCUGGCUGAGGGAAACCCCAGAAGGCCUUCCUGGUUACUUUCCCAAUGCUCCCACCUGCCUGGGACCAGAGGCUCCAGGCCCCCAUGUGAGCCAUUCCUAAACAUUCCUCUUCUGGGGCAUCUGUCACUGUGGCCCUCAGCCCAUCAUUUGCGUGUCUGGAGGCGUUGACACGUGUUUGCACAAGGCCCAGCUGCUUUGCUAUCGCUGCGGGCAGCUCUUGUCAGCGGCCGCCGCGCUGUUAAGGCAGGUCACCCAGCGGACCCGCCCCAGACCUGAGCCGGGGCCUCCUGAGGGUCUCACAUCUCUUUAGCCCUAUCAGACUUCUUGGGUCCGUGGACCCCAGUCUUUAUCAUGGACCUCUGUGU